CAGCCAUCUCGGGACAUCUAUUCACCACACCGCACGCGCGACGCAGAGGGCCGCACCACCACGCCUCUAAAAUAUCCCACCUGAUCGACACCCCGGCCUGCAGAACAAUGCUACCCUGCAGCCAGUCGGACACCCCUCCGUCGAUCGCCCGCCCCGACUAUAUCUCGUAUACUUCCCUCCAGCUGCUCAAGUCGUCUCUCCUGCUGCUCCAGAUUGACCCGCCGUGCAUGGCGAGCAACAUUCACCGCCGGCCUGUGGGCCAGCACUCGCCGUGGCCCUCAGACGAGCAGUCUGCCUACCAGACCUCGACGACGGCGAAUCCCACCCCCAAUCUGGCGAACGCGCAGAGGACCUCUCCCGCACAGCAGUAUUUCUCCCAGCCCCCAGCCUCGCCCACCUCAGACAAAAAGCAGCGGAUGCCUUCCAGUCUGCGCUCUCUUAUCCGCCGGAAGCCAGAGUCCGAUGCCCCGAGACCACAGCAGCCCCCGAUGCCAGACUCCAACUCCUAUUUCCCUUCUCGGCCGUCCACGCAACAGGGCGGACUCACGCCCUACUCGUACUAUCAGCCCGCACAGUCCACGCCAGCUCUCACUGUGCCUUCAUUGUCAGCCCGCAGCAUGCCGCCCUCUCCUAUGGACGCCCCUUCGUCGCUCUUCACCCGCUCCGUGUCAGCCCAUGUGGUCUCGCCCACCUCUCCCCAGGACCGCGCACCACAGUCCUACCGCCAUUCAUCCUACGAGCCCAGCUUCGAGCCGCAGCCUGUACGAGCGCGCCGGACUUUCCCAGAGACGCAGUUUGAUACUCCUGUGGCCACUACCGCUCCCUCAUCAAGCAUGCAGUACCAGGAGCCCGAAGCACUUGCAGACGCCGCCCAGUACCGGCUCUUUGUCGAAGCAACGAGCGGUCUACCACCCGGAUUUCUCGACAUGCAAAGUCCGCUGUCUCCACCCGGUGCCACGCCCUCGCUCUUCAUCCGCACCAGCCAAACUCUCAAUCCAGCUCCCGUGUCCGCGCCCGUUCUGGACCUCUCAAGUCCGCACAGCCAACCGCACUCGUAUUCGCGCGCGCAGCCGCAAUAUCCUGCGCAGCAUCAGACGUCCGGCUCCUAUGGGUACAGCUCGCAGUCCCAGCGCAUUGCAGACGAGCUGGAGCGAUUGUCGGGCGAUGAGGACAACCACGACGACGACGAGCUGCCAAACUACGCACAGAGCCAGGCAGAGAUGCACGAGUCACGGAGAGCUGAGGCGGCGCGGCGGGCUGCUGAGUUGGAACGGAGCUGGAGGAGUAGGGGGAGGCGGUGACGAUGCCGCCAUGGAGGUCACUAGCAAGAGCCAGGAGUCAUACUUGUGUUUUCUUUUCUAGAUCUCCCAGUGUUUUAUCACCUAGGUUGAGGUCUCCACGGAUUUUCAAUAAAGAUGGGUUUCUGUCUCUGGUUUACGAGUUUUCUGAGCGUAUGAGUUCUAGAGCACGCAUUAUUGAUACCCUCGUUUGAAAGAAGAAAGACGAUUAAGAUGUUUUAGU